UCAACUAGAGAAGAGACAUUUGCUCCUUGCAGAGCAAGGGAGUCUGUCCUUAUUACCAAUGGGAUCCAUCCAAUACUUGACCACUGUCUUCCUCCUGCUCUUUGAUCUCAGUGCAGGGAUGAGGAUGGUGUCUAUUCAGAAGGGACGUCUUUACCGAGCAAGAGGCUACCACAUCACCAUCUGGUGUAAUGUCAGCGGCUACCAGGGACCACAAGAGCAGAAUUUCCAGUGGUCCAUUCGUCUUCCAUCUGUCCCAGGGACGUUGCUGCAGGUUGUCAGCACUAGCGAGGCCUCUUUUUCUUAUGCUGUUUACUCCCAGCGUGUCCGAAGUGGGGAAAUCUAUAUAGAAAGGAUCCAAGGGGAUUCUGUUCUGCUGCACAUCACAGACCUCAAGGACCAGGAUGCUGGAGAGUAUGAAUGUCACACACCCAACACAGAUGAUGCUUACCUUGGGGCUUACAGUGCCAAAAUGAAUCUCUCAGUAAUCCCAGACGCACUCUCCGCCACCAUGAAGACGCAAGCUCUCUUCCGAGAUCAAGGGGAGUCACUUGAACUUCUUUGUGAAGUCACAACAGCAACAGCCGAACACACCCACCUCUCUGUGGCCUGGUUCCUUAUUCAAGGAGGAGACAGGCAAACCCAGAAGAUCCUUUCCCUAUCUAGAGAGUUUGUCUUGCUUCCUGGAUCUUCCUUUGCUCAGAGGUUUUCCUCAGGAGAUAUCAGGCUAGACAAAAUUGGGGAAAAAGCAUAUAAACUGUCCAUUGCCAACCUACAGCCCUCAGACCAGGGAGAAGUGUACUGUGAAGCAGUGGAGUGGAUUCAAGAUCCUGAUGAAACUUGGAAAGACAUUGCCCGAAAACAGACAAGUAGAACGUCACUGACCAUCAGAAACAUGGAUAAAAAUGUUUAUGUGAAUAUCUCUGUGGCCGAGAGCUCUCUUCUGGAAGGGGAAGCCUUGCAGAUAACUUGCUCCAUCCAAGCUCAGAACACCCGACACAGACGGUUCCAGGUGGUUUGGCAACACCAUGGUAAGGCGGUGGCAAGUAUUGAUCAGUAUGGGGCCUUGUCCUUUCCAAGUGACAACGAGGCACGAUUCAGCGUGGGAAAUCUCCUAGUGAAGAAGCAGAGCAAUGAUGAGUACAUCUUCAGAAUAAGCCGGGUGGAACUGAAGGACAAAGGCACGCAUCGCUGUCAGGUUUCUGAGAUGGAGAAGACUCCCACCGGCUCAUUUGCCAUCACAGAGCAACGAUCUUCACCAGGCAUUGAUAUAAAUGUGAAGCCUAGAGAAAGCCACUUGCAAUUAUUCGUGUGGGUCAAAGAGGAAACAAUCAUGGAAGGAGAAGCUUUGGCUUUCAGCUGCAAAGGGAGUGUAGCUGAAAAUUUGCUGUCUGUGAACUGGUGGCACAUCCAGAAGGAUGGGAGCCCUCCGCUGCUCAUAGCCGGCAUGGAUCAAGAUGGCAGGAUAAAGAUAGGCCCUUCCUACGUGGAGCGCAGUGCUCAAGGUGAGCUACAAUUAGAAAAGGUGGACUCUGCUGCAUUUACCUUGACCAUCUACAACACGUUGGCCACAAACGAUACAGGGCUAUAUCGCUGCGAACUAACAGAGUGGUCCAAGGGCAGGAGCUGGGAACAUACUCAGGAAAUCUCAACGAAAGUUCAACCCCUGGGGUUGAAUUUGAAGGCUGUCCUGAGCAGCAGAAUUCCAAAUGUAAAGCUGCAUGAAGAUUUUGAAUUGUUCUGCAAGGUGUCUGCUAAUAAUAUCACGGCGAAAGUGCCAAUAUCCAUCACCUGGUACUUCCAGCCCAGCUCAGGCCUAGGUGGCUCCCAACAAGUGGUCAAAGUCACUGCAGGAGGUGCCAUCGUAUGGAAUUCAGCCCAUUUGCACUUCCAGAAGAAAACAAAGAUUGCUAAAUCCUCCUUUUCAUCCCAACUCCUAAUCCACAGUGCCACAUGGCAGGAUGCAGGGCUGUAUAGAUGCAAAGCAGAAGUCUGGAGAAACUCAGGGCGAGCCAGAGAUUUAGAAGCACCUGCAGUAGUAUCUAAUCCUGUUGCGAUAAUGGUCACCAAGCCAGAAAGCAGACUUGGAGUCAACACAGAUGCAAAGACUUUGGAAAUCUCUAGCAAUGAAAACGCAGCUGUUGAUUGCAAAAUCAUGUCAUUGACCAAUGCGAAUUCUCAAUUAGAAGUUUCCUGGUAUUUUCUACCAUCUCUUCCCAUGGAUGCCUCUCCCCGGCUGAUUAUAAGGAACAAUUAUAGUAACGUCGUGGAAUAUGGGGAAGCAUUCAGUUCUCCCCAUCAGAAAUCUAGAUUUCAUAGUGAGAAGGUCUCCAACCAUCUGUACCAACUGCUUAUUUUGUCAGCGGAUUAUGAUGUACAGGGUAAAUAUUACUGUACAGUAGAUGAAUCGAUCUGGUCAAUAGAUGGCAGCUGGAACAAACUGGGAAAGAUGGAAUCUGGAAAUACCACAGUGCGUUUCAAGAUUUCAGAAAAUAAACCACGCGUUGAAGGAACAAACCACAGCAUGACUGCCACUGAAAAGGAGGACGUGACCCUGAAAUGUAUCCUGCAGAGCCCAGUACAGCCCACCUCCCAUUUCUCCAUCAGCUGGUUUAAAGUGUCAGGACAUUCCAAAACUGAAACCCUGGUGACAAUUAAAAACAACGGAGUCAUUGAGUAUGGCAGUGGGAAGGCGGCAAGGAGGUUGCGGCCCCACGGCCUUUCUGUUGGCGACUUUCGCCUGACGCUGCAGAAUGUGGAAAUGGUUGAUGCUGGACUGUUCUACUGCCAGGUGGAUGAAUGGCAGGACAUCGACUGUAGUGGUGCACAGGUUCAGCAUGCGUCAAGUCAAUCCGGAUAUAGCAGUCUUAUUGUGCUUCCUUCAGCAUCAACCAGCUCUACCCAGAUCUGUUCAUCUCCUUCGCUGUACUAUUUCAUUAUAUUCUAUCCUCUGGUUCUAUUCCUUAUCCUGAUGACUGUUUUCCUCUUGUGUUUGAAAACCAAACUUUUUCAGAAGACAAAACUGAAUCUUGAGGGGAAAAAGACUUCUGGUGAAGAAAUUGAGAUAGUGGCACCAACCCACUUUGAGCACAGAAGUAUGAACAAUGUAGCAGAGGAAGAAAUCCAUAGUCUCAAAAGCAAUGACAUACUCUGACUGUUCAUUGAAAAAUGGAUGAUGACAUUGUGUGUAGUGGUUAGAGUGUUCAAUUGGGACUUCGGCAAUCUGGGAUCUAGUCCACACUUAGCCAUGAAGCUCACUGGAUGACUUUGGACCAGUCACUGACUCUCAGACUAACCCACCUCAACAGAUUAUUGUGAAGAUAAAGAUGGAGUGGAGGAGGACCACGUAAGCCACCUGGGCUUUCUUGCAAGAGGAAAAAAAGGUGGUACAUAACUGUAAUAAUAAAUACAAUAAAAAUAAAUCCAAUGCAGAA